UCAAAACAUACGCGAACUCGACGAUGAAUAUCAAGUUUGCCAUCGUCCUAGUGGCACUGGCCACGCAAGUGAGCUGCGCGGAGGAGGGCAAGGCAGCGGAGGAGAGCGCGUCGCCAAAGGACUCCGUGGCCGAGUCGACGGAGAAGAAGACGGAGAAACGAGGAUUGCACGGCAGCUACGGCGACCUGGGUGGCGGUGGCGGCGGUGACCUGGGCGGAGGCGGCGGCUAUGACCAACACGAGCACGUUAAGGCGGUGACGGUGGUGAAGAAGGUACCGGUCCCUUACGAGGUGACCAAGCACGUGCCUUACCUGGUCGAGAAACAUGUCCCGUACGAAGUGAAGGUCGCCGUGCCUCAGCCGUAUACGGUGGAGAAGCACGUCCCGUACCCGGUGAAGGUGUUCGUGAAGGUGCCGGUUCACGUGCCGCAGCCGUACACCGUGGAGAAGAAGGUGCCGUACGAAGUCAAGGUACCUGUGGACAAGCCGUACGAGGUAAAGGUGCUGGUGCCGCAGCCUUACACCGUGGAGAAGCACAUACCGGUGCCGGUUAAGGUGGGUGUCCCGCAGCCGUACACGGUCGAGAAGCACGUGCCGUACCCAGUGAAGGUCAAAGUUCCGGUGCCACAGCCUUACGCGGUAGAGAAGCCGGUACCGUACGAGGUUAAGGUACCUGUGGACAAACCGUACCCGGUUCACGUACCUAAACCGUACCCCGUCACCGUCGAUAAACCGUACCCUGUGCCGGUGGACAAGCCGGUGCCGUACGAGGUUAAGGUACCCGUGGACAAGCCGUACCCCGUGCCAGUAGAGAAACCAUAUCCUGUUCCGGUCAAGGUGCCCAUCCCGCAACCGUACCCUGUACACAAGCCGAUACCUGUCGCCGUCCCAAAGCCUGUGCCCUAUCCGGUCAAAGUACCUGUCGACAAACCAUAUAUCGUGGAGAAGGAAAUACCUGUACCGGUAGAGAAGGAGGUGCCGGUGCCGGUGAAGAUACAUGUGCCAGUGCCGAUACACGAAGGCCACGGCGGAGGCGGUGGUUACGAAGGUUUCUCUGGCUUCGGAGACGGUGGCGGAUACUCACAUCAUCGUUGA